CUUAAUGCAAUAUAUCUCUGCAACUACAAGUACUAGGGAAAACGUCGUACGCGUGUAUGGCGAUGAAAAUGCAUCAUCCUUAACUUUGGAGUCCGAAGACGAAGUCCGUGAACGCUAUCGCAGACUUAUACCUUACAUGACGUACUACUUAGUGAACAACUACGUGGGCUUGCAACACCAAAUUGCACCGUCCGCUCCAAAUUACGCCGAUUCAAAUAACCAAUCGGAGAGUCCGGUCACCCAGAGGCCGGUAUUGCAGCAUCUCGGUCAAAGGCCGACUCAACCUAAGUCUAAGUAUCCGAUCCAAAAGCCAGGACAGGAGAACCGGUUCGUACCGUCCGUGCAGUAUGAUCCGAAGGAACUCACCCAAGACGCGGACUAUUUCGUACCAGUGAAUUACGGCGCGAAGGACAUCUACGACUAUCCAAACGUACCCGCGAGCGGACUACCGCAAACACCUGUCGUGUCGAGUACACGAUACGAGGCAACCAGCAGACCCGUUAGCACCCUCUUGCAAAAGCAGAAACAGCCACUCGCGAAAGCGCAACACGACUACGUGUACAGAGAGGAUUCCGGGAAAUUCGAAUCCAUUCGCUUCGCGUCGCCUUCGCGCUCUACGCUGCGCCAACAGCCUGUGAGAUACAUCGAGCCUGUGACUUCGAAACCCACGACGGCACUGGAGCCAACGGCACCGCGCGUAAGUCUCAACCACAUACUCAAGAGUCUGCAACUGACCAAUCAGCUGCCGGAGGUACUCAGCAAAGACAACAUCGACAGCAGCAUCAAAACUCUUGUCGAGAUAUUGAACAUACUCAACAUGGGGAGGAGGGAGAAUUAUGCACCAAUAUAUGAAAAACCUGCUUAUGCAAAACCAAAAGUCAUCACGGAAUCAAACUACGAAGCAACGCAGAUUUUUACGGUUCCCCGCAAGGAAUACGUUGAAAUAAAAGCUGCAAAUCCUUACGUGAAUCAAUUUAAGACUCAAACGUCCAACGCACACCAAGAAUUAGUCGAUCGUCAAUCGAUUAAUCGUUAUAUUGACCAAAUUAAAUCUCAAACUCCAACUGCAUCGGAAGCAAGUGCCAAACCUUCAAGUAUACCCGAUAAGAUUGUUGAAUACUAUAUACCGAUAGUUCAAGAAAUUAAUGAAGACAAAGUAACAGUAAAUGCUGAUAAGGAGCAUUCGAUAACGCAAAAUCCACAACACUCUAUUCAUAACGAUGAUAUAACUGACAAUAAUGACGAAAUAUUGGAAGAUGAACAAUAUAGUUUAUUAGAACCUACCGAGGAACAGAAAAAGAAAUUAUCAUCACACAUACGAACUAUCGCACCAUCUCUUAAGUACGGAGCAACUAGAGGAAAACCACACGUUGAUUAUCCAGCUUAUACUGAAAUUCCUGAAACAGAAUUUAGUUGUAAGCAACAACGUUAUAAAGGAUUUUUCGGUGAUCCUGCUACAGGAUGUCAAGUCUGGCAUUACUGCGAUUUGAAUGGUGGAAAAUCUUCCUUCCUAUGCCCAAAUGGUACAAUAUUCAGUCAAGUAGCUUUGACAUGUGAUUGGUGGUUCAAUGUCAAGUGUGAAUCAACCACCCAACUCUAUGUACUUAAUGAACGACUUUAUAAGUACAUUUUACCUAUCAUGCCUAAAUUCCCUGAAGAUUUCACUGGUCCUGAAGUUGAUAAAUAUCUUGAAUUAAAAUUUAAGGAAAUGGAAGCAAAAUUAAAAGAAAAGAAAAUGAAAAAAGAGCAAGAAGAGAAAGGGAAAAGCACUGUAAAUACUUUACAAUCUAUAGAAGAUUCAAAGUAAUUUGUAAAUUAAGCCAUUUUCACCUUGAUUAAUAACUUCAUCAAUCAUUAUCAAAUAAAA